AUGUCGAAAGCAACAGACAAGCUAAUCAGACUCGUCCAAAAAAAGGCUGGUGAGCAAUAUUCAGUGGGCGAGGCGCACCAACUUUUGCAACAAGGUGCAGAUAUCAAAGCUCUUACUAAGACUGGUUCCAUGAUUGAUUCUGUCAUUGCCGAAGAAAAGCGACACCGAUCAAUUGGAUCACCGAAAGCUGACAACUGUCUACAUUUGAUUCAAUUGCUGAAAAAAAGCGCUUGCGACCAACUCAAUGAACAAGUGUUCUCCAUAGGCGGUGGGGAUAUCAAUGAAAUGCAACAGCUAGUGCAGUUAAAGGCCAGUUGUUACCAAGCAGAAACGUUUGGGCCGUUAGGUUUGUUGGGCUCAUUAGUAAAUCAAGACAAAAUUCCCAUUCGAAUUGAAGUCGUCCAGUUUCUGGUCGAGUACGAACCAAAUGGAGAAUGUGGUUUGACGAUCGUCGAUACUCAACAACAAACAUGCUUGUCUCUAGCAAAAAAAAAUCCAAAAUGCCCAAAGGAUGUUAUUGAUUAUUUGCAACGACAAUUUGAUAUGAUUUUCAAUCAGAUCCCAUUCACUAAGCCACAUAUCAAUCCAAACGAAGCGAUUGGGUGGAUUAGUCGAGGUGCCAAUAUGGAAGCGACAGAUAAGAACCGAAAUACUAUCCUUUCUAACGCUGUCAUGGCUAAUAAUUUGGAACUCACUCGUGCUCUUGUAUCAGCUGGCAGUAAUACUGCACAUAGAAAUAAUGAGGGUCUCACACCUUUGCAAAUUGCUAAGAAAGCUAUACCAAGAAAUCCUCCAUUAAUAGCUAUUCUAGAAGAACAAGGUGUGAAUGUUGAAUUGAAACGUCUGAUUGAAACAAAAAAAUCACAUUUGACAACGGAUGAGGUACACACUUGUCUGGACAAUGGAGCUAAUAUUAAUGCUACAAUUGCAAAUAAUGAUUCACUUCUACAACUUUUGAUAGCCAAUGAUGGCACGCCAGAAAUGAUAACUGCUUUCGUCAACGAUUUCAAUGCGAACAUAUCAACAAUAAACAUAAACGGAUUUCGACCCAUCGAAACAUGUAUUAUGUUGGAUAAAGAUCCAUUUGUUCGUUUACUCGCUUUUUUAAAAUUGCCAAAAAUGACAACAGAUUUAUUCACUAAUUCAAAAUUGAACAAGACUCUUCUGCAAUUCGCCAUUGAUCAAAAUCGUCCUGGAGCAGCAAAACUAAUCCAACAUGAACUGAAUUUUCGUUUAUGGAACUGUGUGGCACAUGCUAACACUAAAGAGGAAAACAAUAAAACUAUUAUCAACGAACUGAAGCAAUUGAUCAAUUCUGGUGCUCAGAUCAAUUAUAAGCAUCAAGACAGUAUGUAUCAGAAAUGGACAGUAUUACAUUUUGCAUGCAAAACAGCCACAAAAUUACUUGUUCAAUAUAUGAUCGAACAUUUGAAAGCUGACUACACGUUAAAAAAUCACAGUGGCGAUUAUCCGAUUUCUAUUGCAGCUGAAUACGGUCAUCUAGCAAUUGUUGAAUAUUUGCAUGGUUUGCCUAACUCAAGUUUGAACGUAUUUAAUAAAGACCAGCAGACACCUCUGCAUUUGGCGACGAAAAAUCAUCAUUUGCUUGUUGUUCGAUAUCUUGUGAAAUGGGGUGCUGAUUAUCAAGCUCAAAAUCUAUCGAAACAAACUCCACUAAAUAUAGCACGAGCAAACAUGUCAAAUAGCAAAGAAGAAGAAAUGAGUGAUAGAAAAUUGAUUCAAUUUCUUGAGCAAUUGAUUUGUCCCCCAGUAGAUAGUUCAGUUAAGCAGAUAGCUAGCUCAAGAAAACCAAAUUAUGAUAUUGACACAUGUGAAUUAGUAGCACCAGUAGACAUCAAUCCUAUUCAGAUGAUCACUGAGGAUGCUGAAGGAGCUUUGGGAAAACUCAGUAAAGGUAUUCUUGCUGGGACGCCGAACAAUAACUUGCAUGACGCCGCAAAACAUGGAGCCAUCUUCGCAGCUCAACAAGCUAUUGCUCAAGGAGCUGAUAUUCGCCAUCGAAAAGGAGGUCGUACUCCAUACGAAGUGGCACAAAUGUCAGCACAAGAAUACACCAUUAAGUUGAAUGCACCAUCACUAAAUUUGGAAAAGCGCUCACAUGUGCAAAAUAUGCUAGUCGGCUGUCAACAAAUUGCCGAUAUUAUUCGAAAGAUAGCACAAGAAAAAUUAGUUGCAGCUAUCAGUCAGUCGGAUGCAGGCCUUGUCGUGGCGUAUCAUCUUUCGGGAGCACCACUUACUGCUGAUUUAUUGCACAGAGCUUGUAAUGCAUCUGACAAUGUCGAAAUUGUCGAUUAUCUUCUUAACCAAAGUAUGGAUAUUUAUCAGGCUAUGAUCAAUAAUGCGUGGCCUGAUUCUCUAUAUCGAACUGCAAAAAAGAAUAAAUUUAAUAAAGUGGCUACCUAUCUCAAAUAUCGGUUAUCAAUGGAAUGUACAAAAGCUAUAAAAGAAAAUAAUCUUGAAUUAGUCAAUAAGUUGGUACGUAAUGGAGCCAGUGUCGAUAUGCACAAUACAAAUAACAUACAAGAAGCACUAGAGCAUCAAAACGCUAAAAUGAUUCAACUCCUCUGUCAGAAUGGUGCAAAAAUGCCAUCAGAAUGGCUCACCGCAAAACAUAUCGUGCUGCCACCAGCUGUGUCUGAACAGUUAAAACCCGAGACCAGCUUUCAUAUUAAUCGAUGUCUAAUCGGCCGGCGACUUCGUUUUGCAGCUGCCAGUGGUGAUUUAGAUGGUGUGAUUCAAUGUCAACGUCUUAAUGUUGACAUGAAUUCAGCUAAUUGUCGUGGUUCAACAGCGCUAUUAUGCACAAUUCAAUACGGAAACUAUUUUCCAAUCGUUCAUGCUCUCGUUUCACGGGGGGCAUCAAUGUUACAUUCAAAUGAAGAUGAACCAAUGUCAUUGAUUGAUCUUGCAACAAAAAAGAACUAUAAACAAAUCGCUGACUAUUUGACCAAAGAGUUAAAUCUACAAUUUUUGUCAGCAAUUCUAAACAAUGAUCAAAAAAGUGCAGAGAAAUUUGCUCAACUGGGCGCAGAUUUCAACUAUCAAGACGAACAAAGACGUACGGCAUUGCACUAUGCUGUACAAUAUCAUGGCAUUGAACUUGUCACUUGGCUAUGCGAAUGUGGUAGUGUUCCAACAAUGUCUGACAUCAAUAAUGAUUAUCCAAUAAUUCUAGCAACUGAAAAAGGUAAUCGAGUCAGUAACUUCGAUGAAAAAGUACUAAAUGAAGAAGUAUUCACCAGAUGGAUUCUUGAUUCCAUAGCAGUCGAUAAUCUAUCUUAA